GUGCUCUAACUUUUACUGUAUGGACUCUUGCUCAGUAGCAUGGGAGAAGAGGAAGGACUGCAUCAAACACAAUUACUGAGGUUAAGCAUGCCAGUAGAAACUUGGGAGGAGCGAGGAGAAACUGCCUCUCCAGUAGGUGAAAUACAGCCAUUGGGAUGUUUGCUUCUGUGCGAAGCAGCGGCUCCCGACUUCCAUCCAGUGUGGAGCUUAAUGGGAGCCAGGAGCUGGAAGCCCCUGCCUCUCUCCGAUGCCAUGACUUGUGGACCUGCUCACCCCUGGUUCCCGAGUGCCGUCUUUGGGACCCAGUCCACAUGUUCCUGACCCCUGUUGUACCACACUGGCCAUUCUAUAACCUGGACACAAUGUUUGUGCGAGGAUUAAAGAGAAAAUGUUUUGAUGGUGAAGAAGAUAUUGAAGGAACUCUGGCUGGUAUUAAGGCUAUUCCUUCAUAUAAUCUUCAGCGGCAGUCACUUUUAGAUAUGUCCUUGGUUAAACUUCAGCUGUGUCACAUGCUGGUUGAACCUAACCUUUGUCGUUCGGUACUUAUAGCCAACACGGUACGGCAGAUCCAAGAGGAAAUGACUCAAGAUGGGACUUGGCAGAUGAUAAAUACACAGAGUACAGGGCAGGCAUCCCUGGAUCGUCUUGUUUCAACAGAUAUCCUCUGUCGUUCAUCUAGGGAACAAGCUGAGGGAAAGCAUGUUCCAGGCUAUACUACUUUUAAUAAAGACUUUGAGGGUGACCAGGCACAAGAUAGUUCAGAAACUAUGUCAACAGCCUCUUCAGUGCAAGUUCCGAGAAACCUGCAGAGCAAUGUGUGGGAAAUGGAGAAUCCACAAGAAAAUAAAGGAAACUUUCAAAAAUCAUUAGAUCAAAUAUUUGAGACACUGGAGAAUAAAAGUCCUAAUUCUGUUGAAGAUCUGUUUUCAGAAGUUGACAAUUCUUACUAUGAUCUUGAUACUAUGUUAACAGGCAUGAUGAGCAACUCAAAAAUGGGACACUGUGAUGGGCUUGAAACGUUUUCUUCUCCCACAGCUACAGCUUCUAACUCUAAUUGUAAAUCUGAUCUUAAUGAGCUUGAUCAUAUUGUGGAAAUCCUUGUUGAAUCCUGAAACUCCUUGUGUAGGAGAUAAAGAUCUGUUAAUGGGAAGAAAAGACUCGAGAAAGUUAUUUCCACAGUUUGUUCUAUCAAAUCUGCACGUGUAUUUUACAAAUAUCUAUAUAUUAUAUAGAUAUAUAUUAAAAAGCACUUCAUAUUGCAAAGGAGUGUUAACUCUUAAAGUUAACCUGCAACUUGUAGUGUAAUAAUCUGAUUUAUUGUCCAUUGAACUGUAAGUACAUACGGUAAAUGUUUUUAAGUUUUUGGGUCCAAGGCUCUUGAAAUUGGGUUCCUUUUACCAAUUUGUUUUAGCCUUUGAUGGAGGAUGUGCUCAGUGAGAGGGAUUCUCUCAUCUUUUUCUUAUACUUCUCCCAGUAAAAAUGGUAAUAAACAUAGAGAGAAGUUAGAUAACUGGUUUCCUAUUUUCCUCCGGUUUCUACUUUGUUACAUCACAGAACUCCUGCUGCUUCUGUUCUAAGUCGCUACAUGGCUCUUAAAGAGCAGUAUGCAAUAGUUCCUGUUAUCCUAGCUAGUGUGUUCUGGUUUUUGCUACAAUUUUUACUUCAAAAAUAGUUUUUAAAGUGUUUAUUGGUGUUUAGAUUUUUCCAGGUAUUUUCCUAAAAUAUAUUUUUACUACAGAUGUUAUGUCAGCUGCUAACUUAGUAACUUUUGAUCAUAUCUGCAGUUGAUGUAUUUUUUGAACGAUUUUCAAAAAGGGAUGUUUUUUUUUUACCGUGAGCUACCCAAUGUAGUUCAGUAAAGUGUAUGUAAAUGUAAAUAUACGAUUUUAUACUUUACAUUAAAAUGUAAGAGCUGUUUUCAUGAUUCUGUUUUAUAGAGUAGUGCUUUACUAAAUUGAGAAUUGUAAAAUUAUGCUUUUCAUACCCCAUAUACUUGAGUAUCAUUAGAGGAAGAGCUUUGAUCCAGCUAGAUACAGUUACAUUUAAUUCAUUUCAGACCAUGCUUUUUGUUAACUACAAACCUAAAUUGCAUAGGUUUUUAUUUAUGUGUAUUUAUAUGUAAAUGUCAUCAAGUGAAUUGUUUUAUCACUGAAGUCUACCAUCAAAUACUUGUUUAUGUGGGAUAACUAUCUUGCACUAAUUACUACAAAAAGUGUUAUUAGCGGCCUUUAAAUCUCAACUGGUAUGUCAUGAUGUCUUGUCAUAAUUAAUAUGCUCCACUCUUACCAAGGGUUUCCUCUUGGCUUUUUUUAAUAACAAAAGAUAAUACAA